AUGCCCGUCAUCCCUGCCUCAGGCAGAGUUCUUGUUACGGGAGCAACUGGUUUUCUGGGUUCGUGGACAGUACAGGAUCUGCUUCGGCAGGGAUACUGGGUUCGAGGCGCCGUGCGUUCGCGAGAGAAAGGAGAGCUGCUUGCGCGCUUCUUGACACCGUUCGGCAACCGAUUCCAAUAUGUCGUUGUUCCCGACAUGAAGAAGCAAGGUGCCUUUGAUGAGGCCGUCAGAGAUAUUGACGGCGUUGUGCACACGGCGGCGGUAGUCGACUUUAGAGGGACUUAUGAAGGAGUUUUCAUAACCACGAUCGAGGGCGUCAUGAGCCUGUUUCAUAGUAUACGUCGUUGCGGGACGCAUGUUCGUCGUGUAGUGUUGACAUCGUCCUUCGAUGCUGUCCUGGAACCUCAUCCACUAGGAUAUAACUAUAAUGAGCUGGACUGGAACAACCAUUCACUGGGCCUGGUAGAGCAAUACAGGGAGAGAGCCGCAUCACAUCACAUCUACUUUGCAGCUAAGACGGUCUCUGAACGUGUUGCGUGGGAUUUCAUGAGGAACAACGCGCCUCUUUCAUGGGAUCUCGUAUCCCUUACUCCUCCUUUUAUGUUUGGUCCAAUGCUUUUGAACACGAUCAACUAUACAUCAAACUUUCUCUAUUCCCAGAUUCUCAAAGAUUGGCCUACCAAUCAGGUCGGCCAGUUCGUAGGAUUCUGGAUCGACGUCCGCGAUGUUGCGAUGGCGCACGUUCUCGCCCUGCAGAAGGACAAGGCGGGUGGGGAAAGGAUCUUGAUCGCUGCCGGUCCCUUCGCAUGGCAAGACGUCUACGACUCAUUACAGACCGUUGAAAGCUCGUUUCAGAUGCCUCGUGGGAGCCCUGGCGUCAAGAGAGGUUUGGUAAACGCCGCGGACACAACCAAAGCUGCGCGCAUUCUUGGUCUCAAGUAUCGGGGCCUCGGCGAGGCUGCUCGCGAUACCAUAAUCAGCUGCAGAGUCCGCCGAACAUGUGUGUAG